AUGUUUUCAAAUAUUUCUCUCCCCAAACUUGCCAGUUCCGUACCUGUUCAAUUACAAUUCAAUACAACAAACAACAUUACAUCAUCAGCCGGCUCGGAAGAAGAUAACAUAAAAUUGAGGAGAAUUGUAUUGAUGAGCGAUACUCAUCAAUUCUACGCUCGGCACAUUGAACAUUUGGAAAAGGCUUUGGAAGGAUCCAACAAGGAGGAGAGAAUUCUUCUUCAUUGUGGUGAUUUUGGUUUCUAUGGAAAGGAACAACCUGUUCUUAAUUUUAAUCAAGAAUUUUUGGCCAAGAUCAAACAUUUGUUUUCUUUCAUUAUUGUAAUUAUUGGAAAUCAUUCGAGUCCACUAAUGGAGGCAUUAGAUUUCAAUGUUGAAAAAUUCAAAGAAUUGUAUCUUUCGAAUGCUACUCAUUUGUUAUUUGAUUCGAAUGUAAAAAUAUGUGGUUUAACAAUUCAUGGAAUAUCAUGGAAAUCAAAGAAGGAAGACUCCUUUCAAUUUUCCAAAUUUCCAGCUUCUCAACAUCAAGCCCUUAUUAACAAAUUGAAAAUGGAAAAGUAUAACAUGAUUCCACAGGAUGUAGAUAUCAUUUUAAAUCAUGAGCCACCACAAGAUAUUUUCGAUGAUGGAUCUGGAAGCGCAGCAUUCAGAAAAUUCCUAUUUGAAAAGGCAAAUAAUUUGAAAAAUUUAAAAUUUGUGGCAUUCGGGCAUGCUCACUCAAAGUAUGGGCAUGAGAAUAUUGAUUUAGGAGAAGGGAAAGUCAAGUUUAUUAAUGCAGCUUUGAAUAAUACGAAUGCUCCUUUCUAUUUUGAUUUAUAA